GUCCUUGCUACCAGCUCGGAUUCAAUGCUAGGUGGCCGUGACUUUGAUCGUCUCAUUGCCGAACACUUUGCAUCCGAGUUCAAAACCAAGUACAAGAUCGACGUAAAGUCAAAGAUACGUCCGUGGCUUCGCGUCCAACAAGAGUCUGAGAAGCUUAAGAAAUUGAUGAGUGCUAACUCCGUUAAAAUUCCAAUGAACAUCGAAUGCCUAAUGAACGAUAUAGACGUGACGGGCAAACUUCAAAGGUCAGAAUUUGAAGAAAUGGCUUCACCCUUAUUUGAUAGAGUAGAAAUAGUUUUAAAGAAACUCCUGGAACAAAGUAAAUUGAAGCCAGAUGAUAUUUACUCGGUAGAGAUUGUCGGUGGGUCAACUCGUGUACCAGCUGUCAAAGAAAUUAUUCAGAAAGUGUUCAAGAAAGAUUAUAGCACCACGCUAAACCAAGACGAGGCAGUUGCCCGUGGUUGUGCUUUGCAGUGUGCGAUGUUAUCACCAACUUUCCGAGUUAGAGAGUUUUCAAUCACUGAUCUUCUUCCUUAUUCCAUCAAUUUACAAUGGCCUACUGAUGAAGAGGAGGAACCAGGAACUGCAGAAAUUUUCCCCCAAAACCAUGCUGUACCAUUUUCAAAGAUGUUAACGUUUUAUCGAAGAGAAGCCUUUGAACUGCAGGCGACCUACUCCAAGACACCUAACCUCAUAUACUCCGAUCUGAACAUAGGUACAUUUAAGGUUUUGAAUGUGAAACCCGGAUUUGAUGGUGAGAGCUCGAAAUUAAAAGUGAAGGUGCGUAUCGAUGGACAUGGAAUUUUCACUGUGUCGUCAGCGUCCAUGAUCGAAAAAAUAGCAGCGAGUGAAGACGCAGCUGACGAGGCUGAUAAGAAAGAUAACGAAACACCCAUGGAAACGGAUCAAGAAACUGUUGCCAAUAGUGAUACUCCAGCUGAAGAGACUCCAGAGACACCAGCAACACCCGCCAGCCAAGAAGAUGAGUCGAUGAGUGUUGAUGACUCCUCCCAGCCGAACGGAGAGCAAGCGCCCUCUGGUGAUGCAGCGAAGGAUGACAGUAAAAAGGAGGAAGUGAAGAAGGAUAAAGAAGUGAAAAAGAAGAAGAAAACCACAAAACAACAUGAGCUGCCAAUAGAGGCAUUAGUCCAUGAACCGCCAUCGUCCAAGCUCACUGAAUUUUGUGAAAUGGAGUUCAAGAUGCAAGCAAAUGAUAAACAAGAGCGAGAUAAAAGUCAUGCCAGGAAUAACGUGGAAGAGUAUGUAUACGAAAUGAGGGGCAAAAUAUGUGAACAAUUGGAGAAAUUCAUUAAGGAGGAGGAACGAGAAAAGUUUGCCAAACUUUUAGACGAAACCGAAAACUGGUUGUAUGAAGAUGGCGAAGAUGAGGAAAAGAACAUGUACAUAAAGAAACUAGAUGAACUGAAGAAACAUGGAGACCCAGUAGUGAUGCGAUAUAAGGAAAGUCUUGAUCGACCCGAGGCGUUUGAUGCAUUAGGGAAGGCACUUGUCCAUUAUAACAAAAUAUUGGAAUCGUAUAAGAGAGGGGAUGAAUUGUAUAACCAUAUUGAUAAAGCUGAGAUGGAGAAAGUUGAAAAAAAGUUGGCGGAGAAGACAAAAUGGCGGGAUGAAAGUUGGAAUAAACAGAACCAACUGGGGCUUACCGAUAAUCCAGUCGUAACUGCAGCUCAAAUCAACACCGAGCUUGGACUUCUUAAGGCAAUCUGCGAACCAAUCGUCACAAAAUCAAAACCCAAACCGAAGGAAGAGCCUCCUAAGGAUAAAGAGAAAGAGACGAAAGAAGGAAUGCCGGAAAAUACCACGGAAGUAAAGAUGGAGGAAGGAACACCAGUUGAUCCAUCUGCACAGCAGGAAACCCCAGCAACAAACGAAGGUGAUUCGCAAAUUAAGAUGGACCUAGAUUGAUAAAAAUUCUUUGGAUGUUGAGCCUGGCGCACGCUGUGUCGGCUUAUGGCCGAUGAUAUAGUCCGCGCUCCUCCGUUCAUGCUAUGCGAAAGGCUACGUGAGCGCUUUCUUGAUGCAACACCAGUCCAUUGACCGAUGGGCAGUCUCGAGCAGAUAGUCGCUGAAAGUUACCUGGCACAUGGUGCGUGGUUUCGUCGCAGUCUCCUUAAAUUGCGUCAUAUGCCGACGCAGCGUUUGUCAGGCUCUGAUAAUUCACGAGCGAUUUGCGGAAAAAAAAAAGAUAAACAAUUUUUUGGAGAUAUUUGUCUAUGCGUUAAAUGCUUUGUAAGCCUGCUAUAAAAUUUUCUUGAUUUCAAAAAACUUGAAUCAAAUUGAAGAUUACUCUAAGCGUAUGUGUUUACAUCAGAUGUUGGAACACCCGGUACAGUGGUAGAAGAUCUAUCUAUACAUUUAAUGUUAAUUUUAUUACUGCUAUAGAAAUUCUACAUUAAUUCUGAGUAUCUUGAAUUAAAAUAAUGGUGUACAACAGAUUUGUAUAAGUGAGGCAUUGUAUUAUUAUUUGUCUGGUGUUUUACAUUUAUUUUUAAACCUGCCGAAGAAUUCCCUGAAGUGAUUUCAAUUAUUUUAAUUCUCUAGUGGUUCCAUUAAUGUUUGUCUUUGUGAUCAAUCUUUGUACAGUAUCCCUGUAACAUAUCUUAUCUUUUCCCAUCCUUAACCAUCUCUUCUAUAGCAUCAUCCCCCUCUAAUCCUCACCUAUACUGUCCCAUUUUUUUCUUCUUAUACCCUCCCCUAUUCUCUCUUCCCUUUACCCUGCCCCUUCCUCCUUCUCUCUCUUUCCUCUCACCACUCCCAUACUAUCCCACCCUCUCCACCUCAAACGAAAUGUGGUGUUUAAUGACGGUGUCAUGGAUGUAAGUACAUAAUGUCUAAUGUCAUUGGCCUUCUUAUAGCUUCACAUAAAUAAUUAUUUUCAGGGAGUUGGAUGGGGGUGGGGGGUUGGAUUUGGUGCAGUUUCCAUAGUGGUGCAAAUAUGACCAAAUCAAUCUGUCAUUUUUAAAAUGUUGCAAAUAUCUUGCAGUUUUUUGCUUUAAUAUGUUUUCAAAGUUAUAGACCAAAAUACUAUUAUUUAACAUUCUGCAGUAUAUGAGUUAUGCACAAUGAAUGAUAUUUCGUUUAGUUUAUAUAAUAGGCUGCCUAUGGAAUGUACCCUUUUGACUGUUUAAAGCAAAUAUAAAUCAAAAGAUUUGAAUAUAAAAUUGGAAUAAUUUACGUUGACGUACAAAUUGUAUUUUGAAACCGUAUAUGGAAUAACAUGCAUAUAGCUGCCACUAUAUCGUCUAGUUAAGUAAAACUGUGAAAGUAUAGUUGAAAAAAUUAAAAUUAUACUGUACAAUAAAAGUGAGAAACAUGAA